CCCAGGUUUGGGGCACCUGUCUCCGGUUGUGUUCAGGCUGGAUUCUGGCUAAAGUCCAGUUGGGUAACCGUAUUCGGCGGUCCUUAAUGAUAAUUAAUAAUCAUCCCCUCUCAGAUCAGUCAGAUAAGCAAGGUGUUUCUUCAGUUUCAUCCCCACCCUGCUGGGUGGUGCUGCCAUGCACUGUUUAAAUGCCGCCGUGUUCCCGGCUGAGUCCUGUAGUGAUCCCUCCAAAUAGUAGCUGCCGCUGGUAAUAGUUUGCAAAGAUUGUUGAACCGUUUGGAUGAGUGAUUCUCAACUAGGGUAGAAGAAAUGUCCAAAAAUCUGAAGAUAUGUUUCUUAUUGAUAUUAAUGAAUCAUGCAGGGACUGCAAGUGGUCAGAAGUCUGAUAAAGAUUUGCCUCCAUUAUUACAAAAAGCUGCGGAGGAAGUAAUAGCAGGAAAAUAUCUGCAUGCUUUCCUUGAUAUACUCCAUUUUCAGGGCACUAAUGUAUGGACAACAGAUAUGCCUAAAAAAAUCAUGGCAUAUUUCCAUGCUCAGAAUGUUAUAUUUACUAUUAGCAGCCUACAGAUGUCUAUAAAAAACUACCUGGAGAACCUUUUAUACCAGCCCAAACAGCUGCUGUCAGAUUUUCAACAGAUUAAUCAUCAGCAGUUUCAAACUGCAGUGAAAUAUCUCUUCAGGAGCAAAAAGAACCAUUUUGAAUUGGGAAAUAUUGUUAUUGAUCUGGACGGGAUUAGGGAGAGAAUUUUCCAAAGCCCAGGAGGAAAUAGGACUUUGUUCCUUGUUACAUUGGAGAAAUGCUUUCCAGCUUUGAGCUCUAUGGAAUGUGUGGAUAUACUAAGCCAAGUUCUGCGGGUGUCGUCAGUGAGCUAUCUCCAACCUGAUGUCAUUAGAAGCCUCCCUAAAGAUCUUCCACAAGACACUUUCAGAAACUUAUCAGCAGUAUUCAAGGACCUCUAUGACAAGACAACGGCAAAUGCACAAAGAACUCUGUAUGACUGGAUGAAGCAGAUUCUGCAAAAAUCCUGUAUCACCAAUGAGUUAAAUGAUUCAUCCUCUUGGGUCAGUGCAGAAAAUCUAUGGAUUUUGGGAAGAUAUAUGGUCCAUCUUCCAUUAGAAGAAAUUAUGAAAAUUAGUCUGAAUGAAAUGAGACUAUUCAUAAGCUAUGAUAAUGCAACAAAACAGCUGGAUACAGUGUAUGACAUUACACCAGAACUCGCGCAAGCUUUUCUAGAAAGAAUAAACUCAUCGGGAUUUGAUCUGAGAAACACUUCAACUAUCUACAGGUUAGGCUUGUUGGUUUGUUUUUAUGAUAAUAUGGAACAAAUGGAUGCCAUUGUGGCACAGGUUUUACUUCAUCAAAUGAUGAAAUGCAAUCAACUGAGAGGCUUCCAGGCUGAUGUUUAUAAGCUCAAAGCUCAACUCCUAGACAUUGCCAUGCAAAACCAGACCUUGAAUGAUACCCUUGGGUCUCUGUCAGACGCGGUGGUUGGAUUGACUUCAAGUCAGCUGGACUCUUUGUCACCUGAAGCCGUGCAUAAUGCUAUUUCAACAUUAAACCAAGUCUCUGGAUGGGCAAAAAGCCAAAUUAUGAUUUUAUCCAGCAAAUACCUCACUUACGAAAAGGUUUUAUCAUUUUAUAAUAUUAGUCAAAUGGGUUCUUUGGUGACUGGAAUUAGUACUCCAUCAUUCUACAACAUGAAUCCAAAGGAGCUCUCUCAAGUUAUUAGAGGCACCUUAUCCCAGUAUGCUUCUGAUUUAUCACCUGCACAACAACAAGGUAUCCUCACUAAGAUGCUUGCAUCUAGAGAGCUUUCUUCAGCAGUUACAGAUAUACAAGGAGCUUUUUUUAAAGAAGUAUGUCUUUCUGAUUUAUGGAAGGAAACCGGUUUUAACUCUUCAAUAGUAAAAGAAAAAGAAUUACGAAAGAGCCAGGCCUUGUUUCUGUAUGAAUUAUUGUCUAAGAAAACAACAGCUCCCGCUGACCUCUUAAGUAUAGGGCAGUUGGUGAAAGGAGUAACAUGCCAGCAGAUUGAGCAUAUGAACACCGACUCUUUUCUAAAUAAUUUCAGAUUCUUUGAAAAGAAUCUCCAGUUGCUUUCUCCAUAUCAGGUUAACUGUUUGGCUUGGAAAUUUUGGAAAACCUCCAACACAUCUAUCCCUCCCUUCCUCUUAUCAGUGCUUCCCGCUCAGUAUCUGGAAUCCAUUUCAGGCACUUCGUGUGUCCCUUUCCUGAUAAGUCUGGGGAAGACUGAACUGGAUCUUAUGAUUCUAGACUCGCACAAAAAGAAUACAGUCCUACAGAAAGUACAGGAGUGUCUGAACGGUUCCAUCAGUGAUGAAUACGAUGUGGACAUACUUGGAAAUCUAAUCUGCCAUUUACCUCCGGCAAUUAUACGUGAUGGAAUAUCCCUGCGGGCCAUGGCAGUAGCCCUUCACCAAUUCAGAUUCUGCCGACGGCUCAGCCAUGAACAGAAGACUGAAAUUAAAUACAGAUUUACUGAGUUAUAUGGCACCCCAAAGAACUGGACGGCUCAAACAACACAGGAUAUUGGACCAUUCGUAGCUCUUUUGUCAAAAGAUGAAUUAACUGUCCUUGCUGAAAAGUUCCCAAAUACAAUUUUACAAAUAGCAAAGAUGGCUUGGUCAGCGUCUCCACCUGAAGAGUUUCUAUCUGCUAUAUUUGAACCGAUUCGCAACUCCAUUAAUAGCAUUAGAACAUCUGACCCCACAACUGACUGCACAGGAAUCACAGCUCCCUCUUCAGAUGAGAUUAUUAAAUUAGCAGAAGCAAAUGCCUUUUGGUCAGUUCAGGAACUGCAGUGCCUGGAUACAGAUACUUUUACCAAAAAUGUGGAAUUCCUUGGGACUGUGAUGAGUUUCAACAGAUCCCAGCUUAUUGUCUUGAAGGAGAAAGCUAAGCAGGUUUGGGGUGCAUUGCCGGGCUGGAAGAGUUACCAUAUCGUUUCCCUUGGACGCAUUGCCCUAGCUCUGAGUGGGCGUGAAAUAGAAGCGCUGGAUUUAAGUUCUGUUGACACCGUUGCUGCACUUAGUCAACAAACAGAAUGGACUCUUGUCCAGGCUAAAUCCAUUUUACAAGGGUUUCUUCAACACUCUGGUCAGACAGUCUAUGGGCUGAAAAGCUUUGAUUUAGCAGGAUUAGGAGCUAAUCUGUGUGCUCUGAACACCACAGACAUCAAGACCAUAAAGGCUACAGAAUUCAGUGCUGUGAUUGCAAGAGUUGGCUUGUUGCCAUGUAGCACUCCUGUUCUGGAAGAGUUUAAGAAGGUGGCAGAAUCUGUAUUUGGAAUUGCUGCAGGGUGGAACAGUUCUAUUAUACAUGAGAUUGGUACCAUAGCAGCUGGUUUAAAUGAGAGAGAGUUUACAGCUCUUGACAAAGAUGUGAUGCCAUAUUUCCAGCCAGCAGCCAUAAGACACAUACCUGAUGAAGUUUUCAAAGUGCUGUCCCCAGAACAAAUAGCAAACCUUGGCCCUGAAAAUGCAGCCAUGGUUACUGAAUCGCAGAGAAACCUUCUGAAUGCAUUACAGCUACAGAGUCUUCAGCUGGCACUAGAUGGCGCAAGGACAAGUGUCCAAGAUACACAAACUAAUGCAAGCACCAUUCAGUCAACACAUACACCAGCCUCAAAUUGUGCUCACUUUUCCAGUGGCUUCAGCAUUUGGCUGUGUGCUCUGUAUAUCCUUUGUCCCACUUCCUGAAGUGUGAUUGUUAAACUUACUAAGCCUAGAACUCACAUGGGAGUUGAUAGAACAGAUCAUUUAGAAAGCCAAUCAAGCUAUGAAAAUUCAGUGGAUAAAGAGCUGCAGCUCAGCAAGAAUUAUGGAGGCUGAGUCUCUCUGGGAUGCUUGAGCAUAAUAGUGUCUUAAAAAGCAAUAAACUGAUCCAGCACACAAUUUCAUGAUACAAGUAUAGAAAGCAGCUGCUAUUUUGCUGCCAUAGAUUAAAGAGUUUUAGGAUUCCUCCAAUCCUUUCAUGACAAGUUGGUGUCUCAUGAAAAGACCAGUGAAGGCUUCAGAUUUAUACACCUUACAGAGGAGCCUCACUGACUCAGGAGACGGAUACAGUGAUAUAGAUUGUUAGGCAGCCAGUGUGCUGUGGCCAUGGCUUUACAUAUUAACCAGUUCAGUCUCAUUGCUUCCUUGUACUUCCCUGUCUGUCUUAGCCAUUUAUUGUUUCUUCUUCUAUUUUGAUUGUAAGCUCUUCAGGGUAGAGAUUGUCCUUGUACAGUGCCAUGGGACCCUAGUUGUUACCACAAUAUAGAGCCUUUCGUCUUUAGGCUGCUGUUUGAAUCCUCUCCACAUAAGUAGUGACAGGCUGUUACCAUUCAAUGGCUGAGAACUGAAUGGGCCAUGGAGACUCCGCUAUCCUCAUCCCUAGAAGUGCCACUCCUGACUAGGGUUGAAGCAUAUGGCUGGGGCAGCAUAGAGUAAACUUGCUCUGCUGCUUCUCAUGCUGUAGUUCUUGUGGGAAUAAAGGACUUCAGUUCUCAGAAGAGGCACCCUAGUGCUUCCCAGUACACUAAGUUCACACUUCUUAAAAAAAAUUAAUGCAGAAAACAUUGUGUUUUAUCAACAUAUAGAUUGUGUCCAGUAUUUAAUAUAGGAAGAUUUUCAUGGCAAGUCCCAAUAUUUUAAACAGUGACAGAAAAAUAAACAAUCCUUUACCUCUUGCUUUGCAUAAUUGCCAUGGAUUCUUGUCAGCAACACAAGCAAAAGACAAACAUUCAUUUUGCAAUUGCAAAAGUUUGUGGAAAAAGAAGACAGUGUUCUGUUUAAGUACAUUUAAAUAGAGGUAGGACAAUACAGUCUAAAAAAUACUGUUAUUCCUGUUAGAUUGUAGUAUAAUAAAUCAUAUUUCAAAUAUUU